AUGAGCGAGGAACAUUUGGCCUUUAUGCGCAGUAUGGGGAUUACUACAGAGGAUAUAUUGGAUCCCCCUGCCCACGUCGGCUCAAAAUCUCUUGAGAGGAGCGGCAGUAGUGGCCCCUCCUUGUUAGAUAAUUAUCUCGAUGCAGACAUGUGCAAAACAACGAAAGCAGUUAUUUUGCCCGCUAACGGGAGUCAAUGUAAGAAGGACUCGUUCCUAAAGAAGGUAUUCGCGCAGAAUGAUGGGCCGAAAGAAGCCGUUGCCAAACGGGCGCCACCUGAGCAACUAAAGGAUGAGGGAAACAAAGCUUUUGAAGAAGGCCGGUACCGUGACGCACUAUUAAGUUAUUCUAACGGCAUUGAUGCCCUUCUGGAGUCAGACACUUUUGGACUGAAGGAGUAUAAAUCAAGAAAUGUACAUAACCAGCCUCACGUGGGUUACGGCGCUGGUGCCGGCCACUCCUCGAAUUCAAGACGGGACGACCCUAAACUCAUUUUACUUGCCGCGCUGUUUAGCAACCGUUCCGCCUGUUACCUUCAGGCUGCAAAACAAAUAGGGACGGAGGAGGCUUUUGAGUGCGCCCUGCGGGACGCGGACCGCGCGGUGGAACUUCGGCCGGUGUGGUUCAAGGGUUAUUCACGCCAAGGUGAUGUUUUGUUUAAGAUGAAGAAGUAUAGCCAAGCAGUUGAGGCCUACGCCAUGGCCCUUCAGUUUGAUCCAGGAAAUAACAACCUUCUUUAUUCGUUACGGGAAGCAAGGCAACGAUGCUGUUCCAAAGUUCAGGAAGACAUAAGAUUGAGCAAACAACCGGGUGGGGGUUCACCCGCCGCGGCCCCGCCACCACCGCCGCUGUACGAUACCACGAAAGGUAAUGGUGGUUGUGGUGCCUCUAAUGUAAGGGAGGGUUCUAUGGGACGGAGGGCUGGUGGUGAGCAACUGAAGUUAAAUGCACGCAAGCUGUGGAGUGAAUUGAAACAUGAGGUGGAGGCGAGCGUCAAUCAACCCACUGGUGAUAAUUACCGAUUAGAACAAUUAAGGCUCUACAGAGAGCAGAAGGAGCGUGAGAAGAAUGGCUGCUCCUCAUCAGGAAGCAGAGAUGGCCUUCACCAUAACCAUAAUGGUUAUGAUAAUGUCCCGCGCCGGAAUGUAUCGAGUGGGGACACGAGCACAUUUUGUGGGAAGGCAUCAUCCACGAAGUUGCGGCUCGGUGAGAUUCCGCAGGAGUUCUCAUCGGAUGCGGCAGCGGCAUAUCAACAGCGACUUCUCGAAGACUUCAGGCGGCGAAAGGCGCGGUAG